UAGCCUUGUUGCCAGUGAUCGCCUGCCAAAGCCGCACGCCCACCCCGGCUGCCGCCGCUCCUAUCCCGCACGGAAACUCACGCUGCCGCUGUGCAGCCGCAGCCGCAGCCGCAGCCUGCCACGCCCUUUCCCGACCGUCCCCCCGCGCGGCCGUGCCGAGAGGCGAAGGGCUCCCCCGCCGGCUGCCGCCCGCCCGCCGUGCCCAGUUCCCUAGCUAGCUACGCGCGCGCGCGCGGCGGAUCGAUCGGAGUUGGAGCGGGCAUGGGUCGCGCGCCGUGCUGCGACAAGACGAGCGUGAAGCGGGGGCCGUGGUCGCCGGAGGAGGACGAGCUGCUGCGGAGCUACGUGCAGAACCACGGCACCGGCGGCAACUGGAUCGCGCUCCCGCACAAAGCAGGGCUGAACCGGUGCGGCAAGAGCUGCCGGCUGCGGUGGCUCAACUACCUGCGCCCGGACAUCAAGCACGGCGGCUACACGGAGCAGGAGGACCGGAUCAUCUGCUCCCUCUACAACUCCAUCGGGAGCAGGUGGUCCAUCAUCGCCUCCAAGCUGCCCGGCCGGACGGACAACGACGUCAAGAAUUACUGGAACACCAAGCUCAAGAAGAAGGCCGUCGCCAUGCACAACCAGCAGCAGCAGCAAGAGUACUACAACCACCACCACCACCAGCACGCCUCGGGCGGCCGCUCCCGCCGCGGCGCCGGGACCCCCCAGAGCCAAUGCGCCUCCAUGCAGCCGUCGCCCGCAUCCGCCUCGUCCGCGGCCAGCGCCGGAGACGCGGCGUGCAGCUUCGGGGCCAUGUACUCCCCGUCGACGCUGCAGCAGGCGACAGCGGUGCUCGCGCGCUACGACGGCGCGGCGACAGCGCCACUUCCGCCGCCGCCGCAGCAGCAAGCGUCUUCGCUCGCGGAGUUCUCCCCCGCGCCGCCGCCGCCACCCGCCGGCUCCGCCAUCAACAGCUGGGCCGGAGGCCUGGCCCUCGACGACAUGUUCCUGCCCGAGCUCCUAGGCGUCUGCGACUUCCCGCCCGGCGACAUCUUCGGCGGCGGGUUCGCGCCGCUGCUCCAGGACAGGGCGUCGUCCCUGCAGGAGCUCGCGGCGUGCUACUUCCCUAACGCGCAGGCGGCGGAGAUGUGGACGGCCGCGGAUCACGUCAAGCCGCCGCCGCCGGCCGGCCUGUGCCCCAGCUUGACCUGACCGAGAGAGGGUGCACUAACGCUCCGCCGUCUACCCGCGGAAGCUUCGGCAAUUAAUGACUUGCGGCUAGCUAGCGCCUCUUGCUAUAGCUCGCUAGCUUCUGGCUCUCCCUGUCCAUGGAUCUCUCCAUGAGGUCAUUACAUGUACAUUAUCUUAUGGUCUGUGGUUGCUAGCACCAUGCCAUAGAGGAAAUUGUUAGAUGUGGAUUGAUGCCAAUUCGCCAUUGCUCUAGCUUGGCUUCUGUUCAGCCUCUACCAACCAGUCAGUCAGUCAGUCACUGUUCAAAACUAUUCUUCUUCUCAGUGCCGUUGUUUCCGACUGUGACAAUGACACGGCAGUGCUCGCUCUCCCAGCAGCUGCCUGCCCCACAAGCUUA